AUGGGGAAGCCUUCUGUACCGCUAUCUGCGGAUCUACCACCGCUCGUUUUCGGAACUGCAACUUUUUCCUCACAGUACAAUGCUGACCCAUAUGCACUUCCCACGACCGCGAUAGUCCACCGCGCAUUGUCUGCGGGAAUUCGGGCUUUUGACACGUCUCCUUACUACGGUCCAGCGGAAGAAUUACUGGGACGUGCUCUCUCCACUAGCUUCGCUCGUUCCAAUUUUCCAAGAUACACCUACCGCCUGCUUACCAAGGUUGGUCGAGUCGCAGCGCAAUCCUUCGAUUAUUCACCGGUAUGGAUACGAAAAAGCAUAAAGCGUAGCUUAUCCCGCCUUGAUACCUCUUACCUAGACGUCGUAUACUGCCAUGAUGUCGAGUUUGUUUCGCCAGAAGAAGUCGUAGGUGCGGUUGUGGAGUUGCGCAGAAUACGGGAUACUGAGGGGGCAAUCCGUUAUGUCGGAAUAUCAGGGUACCCUGUGGACGUUUUGUGCUCGCUGGCAGAAAUGAUUUUGGAAAGGACUGGUGAGCCGCUGGACGCUGUGAUGUCUUACGCCAAUUUUACGUUGCAGAACACAAAGCUUGCUCUGGAGGGCCUACCGCGUCUUAUUGCUGCGGGAGUCGAUGUGGUUCCCAACGCCUCCCCGUUAGGAAUGGGGCUUUUAAGACGCAAAGGCGUCCCUAUCGGAAGUAUGGGUGAUUUCCAUCCUGCGCUCGAUGGACUGCGCAAAGCUAUACAUACGGCAAGCGAAUGGGUAGAGCAGCAGGGAGAGAAAAUCGAAGUUGUUGCUAUACGAUAUGCGCUCGAGUCAUGGUUGCGCGAGGGCUCAUGUGUCGGUGCUCUUGGGCCGCCACUUGCACCUUCCCCAGAUGCUGAUCCGGGAUUCAUCUCCGCUGCUACCGUUGGUGUUGGACGACGGCUAGGUGUUAGUGUCAUAGGUGUGAGCAAUAUCGAUGAGUUGAAUGAAACUCUUCGUGUGUGGCAAAGCAUUGUCGAUGGGCUUGAGGAUCAAGGGGAUGAUGAUGAUGACGAUGCUGUCCCCUCUGAAGAGGUUGGAUACUUCCCGGAAGGAACAAAUGCGACAACGGACGACGGCGACGACAUUGAUCCGUCAUCUUUUACAGGCACCUCUAAACCCCCCGCCAUUCUCACUCCGUGCGGUGAUAUUACCGAUCGUAAGUGGUCUCGAGGCAGACGACAACGCAUUUUAAAGCUCACCAAGGGAAUUCGCGAGAUUCUCGGACCGGAGUGGGUAAAUUAUACUUGGGCGAGUCCGGAAGAAGGCUUUGUAAAUAUCCCUCCCGAACACCCUGACGACAUGGACGAGCUGGCAGGAAAAGGGAUCGCUACGACGGAUGCAGGCGAAGGAGAUAUUGAUAUGAAGGACUUGGAGGGCAGACUGCUUACACCUCCAUUGGAGCCAGCUGUCAAAUGA